ACGCUGGUCGGCAAGGCUUACCCGAAAAUUCAGAAGGCAUCGUGGCCCCGAAGACCGAAAGACUCGCAAACAGAAAAUUUUCUGGUUUCCAUGUAGCUUUCAAUAUAAAGACAAGUUUGACUGUCAUCUCAAGCUAGGCGAAAGUGGGAACGAAGUUGUGCGAAGAAGGGAAAGAAAAAAAAGCCAAUACAAUGACGGUGGACGAUGACCCGGUCCAGAUAUGGCGCCCUUACCUGCAGCAACUGCCCUCUCACCACGACCUUUCCUCGGUCAACCUCGCCAACUUUGAGGACCAUUUUCUAAACGGAGUCCCACGGGCAUUGACACGCAAAAACGAAACGCACGUCCGAGUAACGGAUGUCUACGAUGAUCAUCGUGCAACAAAACUCCACACGAAUUCAAAAUCGCUUCAGGACUUUCUCACAACAGAGUCGGCUAUACCAGAUGGAUUGAAUAUCAGGAUUGUGUCCAUCUACUCCCCAGCCGCCAUUGCCCCGCUAGAAGUUACUCCGCUGUCAAUGGCACUAUUGCUAGAGCGAUAUGCCGUACAUCCAUCCUUUAUUCAAGUGCUGCUUUCUUUUGGGAGAAAUGUUCAUAUUUCAGAAUCAGGGAAUGGCCUUUUGUGUGUGAACGAGCGAGACAACGACACCUAUGUUUCAUACCAGCUCAACUAUGUUGAGAAAACUGGACGCAGGCUGAUACCGUGGUCAUGGCGCCACACUGGGGUGUACCACCACCGUCGCCAACCAAGUCAGAAUGAAAAAGGAUACGACUUUUUCAUUCUCCUUCAUCCAAAUGCGGAUAGUAUCUCAGACAAAAGAAUCCUGAACGAGCUUGGGAUCUUCGAAGACUCGAGAUUUCAGCCAGGCCUAAGCCGAAACGAAGCCAAGGACCAAUCAAUUCUGGUUCAUUCGCUAGUGCUCUCCUCCAUUUGCAACUGGAGAUGGUAUCUUCGUUAUCUCGGAGACCGAUUCGAAGAAUAUAAUGACAGAGCUCUGGUGGACUUACCUGAUGAAUCCACUCCGAGAGAGAGCUAUAAAACGGUUUCAGAGCUUCGCAAUUUGAAUGACUUUGCCCUGCGCGCACAUAUAUGCUGUCGUGGCAACCUGGACUUAGUUAGCGCCCUUAAGCCCGUCAUUGCCUCUUCGUUGCGUAGGAGGACAUUGGACGCCGCGGGACAAGCUCUACCGGGGUGCGAAGCACUAUUAUUAGCGCUCCAGGGCUACAUAAAGAGCUGUGAAGAGCUGAUUCCAAGAAUGAGGAACGCGAUUGAUCUGGCCGGCUAUACACUUUCGCUGCACAAUCAACUUGAAACAGCAAGAGUCGACAGUGAACUGCGCGAUCUGACCAGUAGCUUAAAACGGUUGCAGGAGGACAACAUGAAUGACAGCGCCGCAGUCAAAGUAAUCACAUUCGUUUCGGCAAUCUACUUACCCGGCUCUUUCAUCGUCAGCUUAUAUGGAAUGAAUUUCUUCGUCUUCGAUGAGGACUUACGCCAAAUUGUUAUUGCCAAGGACUUUUGGGUAUUUCUCGCCACCUGGUUACCGCUGACCAUGAUCACAGGGUUGAUAUAUGUGUUAAUUGUAUGGUUCGAUGCCUGGUGGAAAAGGAAGCCGUUCCGCUUUUUCCAGCGUCCGGGGAAGGAAGACAUGAGUGAGCCAGAGAUGCAGGCUGGGAAGGAGUUUGCAAGUGGGUGAGGUGUACUAUAAAUCCAGUAGUCGUUGUUUCUUUUUCUUUUUCUU